ACCGUAAUUGCCCGUCUGACUUUUGACUUUUGGGUUCUUCUCGUAUCUUCAGUAUUUGUAAAAGUAGUUGUGUUUGAAGUAUCUAUUGAACCGGUUACCUGUGUCUGAUUCAGGCAGCUGUAGCACGUAGCUUCUGUAAGACCAUCGAUAUUUACGACCAAGAUAUUCAUCUGCGCACUUUACGCACAUUGUGGUAUCCAACGUCACUAAUUUUCAUGGACAAGUUUAGCGAGAGUGCAAGUUCAACGUUGGCCAUCACCGAAGGUUCCCAGCUAAGUAUAUGGGACUUACGGGUGAAAGAAAACGGGGGUUGUGUGCAUAGAAUAAUGGGGUCCGUGGGAGAUGUGUUAUAUGCAGUCAAUGAAUCUUCAUCCGGUUAUAUUGCUGCCGGUGGUGGGGACCGCACCGUGACUAUCUACGAUCCCCGCAAGUGGUCCGCAGUAUCUAGAUGGCUGAAUUGCUCAAAGUAUGAGAUAACUGGACUUAAUUUUUCAUCCGUUGAUCAUAAUUAUAUCUACGUACAAGGAGUUGAUUAUGAGGUUCUCUGUGGACGCUGGAGAGAAAACGAGAAGGCCUUUUCGUUUAGAGGGGAUUCAAACUGGCUCGGAUUUAGCAAGUGUUCAAAUAGAGAUAUAUUGGCUGGAUGGUGCGAUUCUGGUAGCGUUUUUGUUGCUGAUGUUUCUUAGAAGAACAUGACACAGACAUUGGAUCAACUCAUAAAUGUCUUUUUUUUUUUGAUUUACCAAAAUUGCCCCUCCAUUUUGACGUGUGCAAUUUGGUAAAAAAUAGACAGUUUCAGCAUCGGUGGAACAAUUUAGCAAGUUCAGGUAUGUCCAUGUAAUUUUUCUUUUUUUGGGGGCAAAGUGCAAAAACGUGCUAAGUUCAAGGGGCAAAAUGCACUUGACCCUUUAAAGUUUAAACUCGUUUAUAAACUUUAUAAAAUAUAAAAACAUAAUGCAAUUUAA